GGCUCUGGUUGUGACAUUGUUAUUCUGGCAAAUGACUUUGAAUGUGUGCAAAUUAUUCCCGGUGCUAAACAUGGAAACAUCCAGGUCAGUUGUGUGGAGUGCUCCCAACGACAAGGCAGGAUUGCAGCAUCAUAUGGAAAUGCUGUUUGCAUUUUUGAACCGCUUGGUAUAAAUUCUCAUAAAAGAAAUUGUCAACUAAAGUGUCAGUGGCUUAAAACUGGGCAAUUCUUCCUCAGUUCUAUGACUUACAACCUGGCAUGGGAUCCUCAAGGUAACAGACUGUUGACAGCAACUGACUUCUUGCAAUUGUGGGCCCCUCCAUCUAGUGACAUUGUAGAGGAAGAUGAAGAUGAUGAUCCUGACAAUCAGUUCAAAGAUGAUAAGGUUCUCCCGGUUCUAAAUGACUGGAAAUGUGUGUGGCAGUGCAAGACUGCAGUAUCAGUACAUUUGAUGGCAUGGUCUCCUGAUGGUGAAUACUUUGCAACAGCUGGGAAGGAUGACUGCCUCUUAAAGGUUUGGUAUCCUAUGACUGGUUGGAAGUCAUCUCUUCUGCCCCAAGAGAAUGAAGAAAAGAAAAAAUGCUCAGGGGUUGUCCACUUCUCAUUUGUUUAUUUGGCACAUCCUCGAGCAGUGACAGGAUUUUCAUGGCGUAACAUUAGCAAGUACAUGCCCAGGGGUUUGGUCUGUAACGUGUUACUCACAUCAUGUCUUGAUGGCAUCUGUCGGCUGUGGGCAGAGACGUUGUUACCAGAAGAUACUCUUCUUGGUGAGCAGAUCUGUGAAACUAGCACUUCCAGCAUUAGCAGCACUAUCUCUCAGUCUGGAAAGCAGAAGGACAAAAUACAGCAUGCACUAGAGACAAUUCACCAUUUGAAAAACAUGAGAAAAGGACAAAGGAGAUCUUCAGUUCUUGUUACCCACACAGAUGUACUGCCAGAUCAACAGGGUACUCAUGAAGUUCAGCGUCACAUUUCACAUCACGCAAAUGCACUUGGUCACUUCCAUAUAGCAGCAAGCAUCAACCCUAAUACAGAUAUUCCAUCAGUCUUGGCUGGAACAGCUUUUAAUAUAGAUGAAGGAAAUGGAGGCUUCGUAGUUCACUGGUUGAAUAAUAAAGAAUUUAAUUUUACAUCCUCUAUUGAAGUAUUUAUGGAGCAUCUAAGACAAAUUUCUGAACAACAACUAGAACAAGAUUUUGAUGUUGAGGUUGAAGAGGAAGAAGAAAUGGAAGAAAAAGAGAGAGGUUUACAUAUGAAAUUAGAUCAUGACUUGUCUAUAGAUAGAGAAUCAGAGACAGGGACUGGUACAGGCUCUUCAGAACAUGAGGAUGGAGAAAGAGAGGGAAGCCCCAAAACAUCUCUGCUAGCAGGCCCACGCAUGCCUCUUCCAACAGUUUUGUUAGAUCGGAAAAUUGAGUUGCUCCUAACUGAAUGGAACAGAAAUCCAGAUAUGCUUUUUACUAUCCAUCCUAUUGAUGGUACCUUUUUGGUGUGGCAUGUGAAAUAUUUAGAUGAAUACACUCCAGGCAUCUUUCGACAAGUUCAGGUUUCAUUUUCUUCUAGGAUUCCUGUUGCAUUUCCAUCAGGAGAUGCUAGUUCCCUUAGCAAGAAUAUUAUGAUGUAUGCUUGCCCUGUCUUUGUAAAAGACAGUAAUGCUGUACAUCAGAAGACAAUGGACUUUCCAGAUAAAACUCUAGCAAAUAAAGGACCAAGCUUUGCCCAGGACAGCACAAACAUGAAUAUAACUUCUCCCAUAGUAAUGAUGAUUUCCAAACAUAUAGAUGGCUCUCUCAAUCAGUGGGCAGUUACUUUUGCUGAUAAGUCAGCUUUCACUACUGUGCUAACUGUAUCACAUAAAUUUAGGUACUGCGGUCACCGAUUUCAUCUCAAUGAUCUAGCUUGCCAUUCUGUUUUACCGUUACUGCUAACGUCUUCCCAUCAUAAUGCUCUAUUAACUCCUGAAUCAGACAGUUCCUGGGACUCUGACAGGACAAACAGAAUAACGGAUCCUAUUAAACAUGUGAAAGGUUCUUUUAGACAGCAACUUAAAAACGCAGCAACCCGCACAUUCCAUGACCCAAAUGCAAUCUAUAGUGAGCUGAUUCUGUGGCGUGUAGACCCUAUAGGACCUCUAUCAUACACUGGAGGAGUAUCUGAAUUGGCUCGAAUUAACUCUCUUCAUACCUCCGCUUUCUCUAACGUAGCCUGGCUUCCAACACUUAUUCCCAGUUACUGCCUUGGUACAUACUGCAACUCUGCUAGUGCUUGCUUUGUUGCAUCUGAUGGCAAAAACCUGAGACUCUAUCAAGCUGUCGUAGAUGCACGAAAACUUCUAGAUGAAUUAUCUGACCCUGAAUCAUCUAAACUUAUUGGGGAAGUGUUUAACAUUGUGAGCCAGCAAUCUACUGCUCGACCAGGAUGCAUUAUCGAACUUGAUGCAAUAACAAACAAAUGUGGCUCAAACACACAAUUGCUUCAUGUCUUUCAAGAAGACUUCAUUUUGGGAUACAAACCACAUAAGGAAGAUGUGGAAGGGAAAGAAACUGAGAUAUUUUUCCAGCCAUCACAAGGGUAUCGUCCACCACCUUUCUCAGAAAAGUUCUACCUAGUAGUAAUUGAAAAAGAUAGUAAUGGCUGCUCUGUUCUUCAGAUGUGGCAUCUUCAUCUCAAAUCUGUGCAAGCCUGUUUAGCAAAACCAGCUGAAGCUACAUCAGCAGAGAAUAAGCUUAGUGUACCUGAGCAAAAGACUGUGGAUUCUUCUCCAGAUGUAUCACCUGGCAUAGGUCCCAUUCCACGGUCUUCAUCAAUUGCUAAUCUUCAGACUGCUAGUAAACUCAUUCUGAGCUCCAGACUUGUGUAUAGCAAACCUCUGGAUCUCCCUGUUGGCGUAGAAGUAAUAAGAGCAACUCCUUCAGCAGGUCACCUGAGUUCUUCAUCAAUAUACCCAGUCUGCCUUGCACCUUAUUUGAUAGUAACAUCAUGUUCAGACAACAGAGUGCGGUUCUGGAGAUGUACUGUAGAGACAGACCUAAACAGCAAAAAUGAAGAAAGGGAAACAUAUCAUUGGAGAAAAUGGCCUCUAAUGAAUGAUGAAGGAGAAGACAACAGCAGUACAGUGAGCAUAGCAGGAAGGCCAGUUGCCGUUAGCUGUUCUUACACAGGACGUCUUGCAGUAGCAUACAAACAACCCAUACAGCAUAAUGGGUUUGUUUCCAAAGAAUUUUCCAUGCAUGUUUGUAUACUUGAAUGUGAGUCUACAGGAGGAUCAGAAUGGGUUUUGGAACAGACAAUUCAUCUGGAUGAUUUAGUUAAGGUUGGAAGUGUACUUGAUUCAAGGGUCAGUGUAGAUAGUAAUUUAUUUGUUUACAGUAAAUCAGAUGCUUUUUUGAAUAAAGACAAAUACCUGGUGCCCAGUAUCAAGCAUUUGGUGCAUUUAGACUGGGUAUCAAAAGAAGAUGGUUCACAUAUAUUGACAGUUGGAGUUGGCGCCAACAUCUUCAUGUACGGAAGACUUUCGGGAAUUGUGACAGAUCAAACUAGCAGCAAAGAGGGAGUAGCUGUCAUUACUUUACCACUAGGUGGUAGCAUAAAACAAGGUAUAAAGUCAAAGUGGGUGUUGCUUAGAUCAAUUGAUUUGGUAUCAUCUGUAGAUGGCACUCCUUCACUGCCUGUUUCUCUGUCCUGGGUGAGAGAUGGUAUACUGGUAGUGGGAAUGGACUGUGAGAUGCAUGUUUAUGCCCAGUGGAAACAUGCUGUCAAGUUUGGUGAUGGAGAAAGCGAUGUUUUUACUACUGAAGACUCAGCAACACAAGAUCCACUCAAAACAAGCUUGAUAGCAAAGAAGACCAGUGUAAUUGAUGGGGCAGGUAUUGUGGAUGAUGUUUUUGGCACUCCAACUGUCAUUCAGGAUGGUGGCCUUUUUGAAGCUGCUCAUGUUCUUUCACCUACUCUACCCCAGUAUCAUCCAACUCAGUUAUUAGAACUUAUGGAUCUGGGUAAAGUUCGCCGAGCCAAAGCCAUUCUAUCGCAUUUAGUUAAAUGUAUUGCGGGAGAAGUGGCAAUAGUUAAAGACACAGAAGCUGGAGAAGGAACUGGUCCUAAACGCCACCUUUCUCGCACCAUUAGUGUAAGUGGUAGUACUGCAAAGGAUACCAUCACAGCUGGAAAAGACGGUACUCGAGACUACACAGAGAUAGACUCAAUUCCUCCACUGCCACUGUAUGCACUGCUUGCUGCAGAUCAAGAUGCCACAUAUGUUUCUGAAGAAACUUCUAAAAUACCUCAGGGCUCUGAAGAUCAUGCUAAGAGAAAAACAGAUGAUCAGUACUCAGAUCUAUUCCAGAUUCAGCCUGUUACAACUGAAGACUUUACUGAUUUUGAGCCUGAAAAGAGGGAGAGUAAAUCCAAAGUUAUUAAUCUGUCACAGUACGGUCCAACCUACUUUGGCCGAGAACAUGCUAGUGUCCUUUCAAGCCACCUGAUGCACUCAAGUCUGCCAGGCCUCACUCGACUGGAGCAGAUGUUUCUUGUAGCUUUGGCAGACACUGUGGCCAUGACAAGCACUGAACUAGAUGAGAACAGAGAUAAGAAUUACUCAGGAAGAGAUACCUUAGAUGAAUGUGGUUUACGAUAUUUGUUGGCUAUGCGCUUGCACACCUGCCUUCUGACAUCACUCCCACCUCUGUAUCGAGUUCAGCUGCUUCACCAAGGCCUAUCUACCUGCCAUUUUGCAUGGGCUUUUCAUUCUGAGGCUGAGGAGGAGUUGAUCAAUAUGAUUCCUGCUAUCCAGAAGGGAGACCCACAGUGGUCUGAACUAAGAGCUAUGGGUAUUGGUUGGUGGGUCAGGAAUAUCAACACACUCCGACGGUGCAUUGAGAAG